AUGUCCAGCAAGGCCAAACUCAUUAUUACUGUAGGAGGCAACAUUGAAGUCAUCUUUACUCCGCCCUAUUACUGUGUCUGUGAGGCCAAACAUUCGACGAAGCGAAACUUGCAGCGACACAUUCAAGGCUGCAAGGAUAGACACCCAUGCGAGAGCAUUGAGGGUAUCUUAAAGCUCAAGCUUCAAAAAACAUACUCCAGACAUUUCAAGUCCAUUGGUUGCUUCCUCUACUUCUUCUGCUUCCUCCGCCUCUUCUGCAACCCCUGCUUCAUCUGCUUCCCCUGCCUCUUCUGCAACCCCUACUUCAUCUGCAUCCUCUGCCUCUUCUGCAACCCCUGCUUCAUUUACACCCCUCAGCAUUACGCAGGAUCAAUAUCAGUUCAUUCUAUCUCGUCUGGAGAAUCUACCUACGCAGAAUCAGAUGCAGUCUAUUUUAUCUAUGAUGAGUCGAUUGGAGAAUCAAUCUAUGCCGGAUCAGAUCCAGUCUCUUGUGUCAAUGAUGGGUCGUUUGGAGGAUACGGUUAUGGGGUUACGUGCUGA